CAUGCCGCCUUUUGACAACUGCUUCCAUAACGUCGGACUCGUCGCCGUUGGACAUUCUCUACCACCAUCAGCUAUAACGGAAAUCAAAAUGUACAAUAACAUGUUCAUGUUCCGUGCCCACCUAGAUCUCAAACUCAUUUUUCUCGACGCCAGAGUGGCCGCUCUAACCGGUUACGAACCUCAAGAUCUGAUAGAAAAGACUCUUUAUCAUUAUGUGCAUGCCUGCGAUAUUAUACAUAUGCGAUAUUCGCAUCAUUGCCUACUCAUGAAGGGUCAAGUGACUACUAAGUAUUAUAGACUGCUAUGCAAAAAUGGUGGUUGGGUAUGGGUUCAGAGCUAUGCCACCAUAGUUCACAAUAGUCGUUCAAGUCGGCCUCAUUGUAUUGUUAGUGUCAAUUAUGUCCUUAGCGAAAUUGAAGCAAAAGAUCUGCAAUUGACGCUUGAUCAGCAAACGAAUAGGGAAACGUCUGAUUGCGGAGCACUUUAUUCAUCUGCUAGUCCACCUAGUUCAGCAGGUAAUAAUGGAGGAACUGGUAAAACAGGUAGACCCCGUUCAAAAUCUAGAAGAUCGCCUUAUCCCGCACUCACACCUGCUACACCUUCGCUGCAUGUAGCAGCGGCUGCAGUUGCUGCCGCAUCACAAGACUACGACUGCGAAGCUCGAAAUUAUCCAAUCGCCGAUCAGUACUCUGCCUCUACUUCUCCUUAUCACGCUGCUGGCCUGAUGUAUACUGGUCAGGAACUUGCGUAUCAUGCCUAUUCGUCAGCCGCCCAUUUAUACGAUCAUCACCAUCAUCCCCUUUAUGCCGCUCGCCCUCCUUAUGCGGCUGAUUACUCACAGUACUACCCAGAUUGCGCUUAUCCGGUUCCGUCUUCGUACCAACCACCCCCAGCGUAUUCAGCGCCUCGAUCUGAGUCUUCUGCAUCAGACGUCGAUGUCGGUGGAGAAGAAGAACAACAAAGACGUUUACAAGACAAAGAAAGGCAGCAAUCAGUUAUUAUGCGACGGCCUGAAACAACCGAUUGGUCAUCCGCUCGUUAUGAACCUUGUUAUACGUCCGUUAUUGUCGAUACUCACCAAUAUCAGCAACAACAUCAACAGCAACAGCAACAGCAGCAUGCUGCUCCACAAACCAUAAACGGUUACGUGCAUUAA